AUGACUAAUCCACCGAAGUUUGUGGGCAAUGGAUUGGAAGAACUGAAAGUUCCUGGACAAGCUUAUCUUCGUGAUGCACUCCCUUCUUGUACAGACCCCCUAAAAGCCAUUGAGAAUUUUCAAUUAGAAAAUGGCAUCCUAUUACCAUCUCUUCGCCCAAUGUUACCUCUACUUGACCUUCAUGGAGUACGGCGGCUGGAUUUUCAUACGUCGGUUUUAGAGGAGCUCCGUGAGAAAUUAAUUGCUGAAAUAAAUAAACUUGGAGCAAAGGAAGGAAGAGAAAGAAUUUUCGAUAAACUUCUUAAAGAAAGCUUUCCUGUCGUAAGAGUGCGUGCGCUAAGACCGGUUGUAAUGUCUAUCCUCCGAAACACACCACAUAUUGAUGAUAAAUAUCUCAGAGUGUUGGUAAGGGAUAGGGAAUUAUAUUCAGACACCGAAACGGAAGUAAAAAGGCAAAUUUGGAGAGAUAAUCAAUCACUUUUUGGAGACGAAGUAUCACCACUUUUAUCGCAAUAUAUACGAGAAAAAGAGCAUAUCCUGUUUGAUCAUAUGAACCUUAACAACCUGUUCUUUACGCCAUCUCCUAAGUUACGACGCCAGGGAGAAGUGGUCCAGAAACUAGCUAAUAUGAUCGGGAACAAUGUUAAAUUGUAUGAUAUGGUGCUCCAAUUUUUGCGUACAUUAUUUCUGCAUACCAGAAACGUGCAUUACUGCACUCUAAGGGCAGAAUUACUGAUGGCACUACACGAUCUUGAGGUUCAAGAUAUUAUUUCCGUAGAUCCAUGUCACAAGUUCACAGGGUGUUUGGAUGCAUGUAUACGUGAGAAAAAUGUUGAUAUCAAGCGAUCACGGGAGCUACAAGGUUUCUUAGACAAUAUUAAGAGAGGUCAAGAACAAGUACUUGGGGAUCUAUCAAUGACCUUAUGUGAUCCCUAUUCCAUCAACUUCUUAGCAACAUCUGCAAUCAAAAUUCUACAGCACCUUAUUAACAAUGAGGGUUUGGCCAGAGAUAAUACCAUUUUAAUUCUCUUACUGAGAAUGCUUGCCCUAGGACUUAGUGCAUGGGUCAUGAUCGAUUCCCAGGAAUUUAAGGAGCCAAAAUUAGAUAGCCAGGUUGUGACAAAAUUCUUACCAGCUCUCAUGUCUCUGAUGGUGGAUGAUCAGGUAAAAAAUAAUUGAGCCUUUUAAUUUCAUAUAUGUAUUCGUCAGAAAGAUCGGGUUGGCAUUUUACGUGUCUUGACUAUUCUUGCAUGUUGUAAGGAUGAUCGAGCAUAUGAAGAUCCCUUUCUUCAUUCUCUUAUUGCCCUACUAAUUCCAAUGGCUGAAGAAUUUACCGCCGAAGAUUUUUGCACAGGACUUUUUGAUGAAUUUCUCUUUGCUAGACUCACAAGAGACAAUGUUACGCGACACAUGCUAAAGUUAUUGUGGUACAUCCAUCUUAAAUUACCAGCUGCGCGUCUCCAAACACUUCUCAAGGCACUCCAGCCAUCCUCUCAGCACCAUGAAAACGUACACAAAUUAUAUGACAAUCUACAAACACGGAUUGGGCUGGCAAUUCAGGAAAAUAUCGCGUCAGAGACUAUAGAUAUUGACUAUGAUUCACCUCUAAAAAGUGUUCCUACGCCAAAGCCUCAUUAUCUUUAGUUUUUUUUUUUAUGAUGAAUUUUUCUAUUUCUUUUAGUUUGCCACAUCAUUUACCGAGUUGUUUUAUGUGUAUCUUAAAUUUUGAUAAAAACAUUUAGUGAAUCUAGUUAUAGAGAAAAUUUGUCAUUCCAAUCAACAUAACCCGUUUGUGAAUUAUAGUAGGCUAUGCAUUAGUGAAAAAACAAUAUUUCUGUAAAGUUUAUAGCGUUCAUAGCUCUUCUC